AUGCCUAACAACCGAGGAAUUUGUCAGCUCAAUUAUGCACGGGAACGCAUGUGGGAACCCGGCUAUCUUAAGGCCAAAUGUGCAGAGUUGCGAUUGGAGAGCGAGUUCCGAUUGUAUAGGAUACGCCUUUGGAAGAGCUACCUCCUCACCUUCUUUGUGCUGCAUGUUUUCGUGACCAGCGUGCACUGUGCCCUACUUCUAGCCACAAUUGAGCGCGUAUCAAUUAUCUAUUUUGAUGUGGCCCUUACCUUGGCGUGCUCCGUGGUACUUAUACUUGUGCUGAGUGUUAACUUCUGCGAUGAAUUCAUAGCGAAACACACGUGGUACAUGUAUGCCAGCUCGAUAUUCGCCUCCAUGACUCUGGUAUUCGCUGACCUUUCUGAAUCGAUUUACCACACCUAUGCGCACAACUGGAUACUGGGCACAUUCUACGACACGUACAUAAUAUACAUGAUAUACAUGUUCCUGCCGAUCCACUUCAUAAGCGGGGCAGUCCUGCUGGCUCUGCUGGUGUCCGGCAUCUAUAUACUUUACUUCGUGCUCUUCAUUGCCCAGGGAUUCGCUCAGUUUGUGACUGCACUAUUCGCAGUCGGCGGAAUGUCGGUGGACAUUGUGCACUACCUGUGCCUUAAUCUCGUGGGCAUAUUCUACCGCGUUAUGAACGACACGGUGGUGCGCUCCUCAUUCCUGGACAGACACCAGUACAUCAAGGAGAAUAUUUGGCUGCGCAACGCCCGGCUGCAGGAGAAGCAGUUGCUGGACAGCAUCCUGCCGCCGCAGAUCUCGCUGCCCCUGCAGAAGCACAUUCAGGGCAGGAUUAUAAUGGCCAAUCAAGGUGUUCACUCCUGGACCGCCUUGGAGCGCACAAUGGCCAUCCAAAUCCAUCCCGAUGUCUCCAUCCUGUAUGCAGACGUGGUGAACUACACUCAGUUGACCACCACACUGACGGUAGAAAAAUUGGUGAAGGUCCUGCACGAUCUCUACGGCAGAUUCGAUAUGGCUGCCUACCGCUACAAGGUGCAGCGCAUCAAGUUCCUGGGGGACUGCUACUAUUGUGUGGCGGGUCUGUCCGAACCCGAUCCCGAUCACGCCACCAACUGUGUUUCCCUAGGCCUUUCCAUGAUCACCAACAUCAUGGAGGUGCGGGACCUGCACAGCCUGGACAUCAAUAUGCGCAUUGGAGUUCACUCGGGCAAUCUGUUUGCAGGGGUCAUCGGGGAGGCCAAGUUGCAGUUCGAUAUAUGGGGACUGGAUGUAACCAUUGCCAAUGUCCUGGAAUCAACUGGAGUGCCGGGAUUCGUGCACAUAAGUAGUGCCACCUUGAACUAUCUGAACGUUAAUCGCUUUGCUAUUGAGGAUGGACCUGAAACUGCCCGGGAACAUCCUCUUCUGCAAAAAUACCGAGUAGGAACAUAUAUAAUUCGACAGGACCUGCAAAUGGACGAUGAGGAUAGUGACGACUUCCUUGGCGAACUACAUGCCCAUUCCCUGUUCGAGGUGGGAGCAGGACCAAGACUGAGUGAUUCUGCUAAUCAAAAUAUUAGGGCGGUUUUCCACGAAGAGUUGCGGGAAGAGUUUCGCAAAAUGCCGGUCAGUGCAUUUAAUCACGAAUCGCUCUUCGGCAUUUGUGGGCUCAAAUCGAAAAAGGAACUUCCUGCAUACCACCAGUUAAACAUUUGCCUGACCUUCACCGACCGUACUCUGGAAAGAGACUAUCUGAAGCAAACCGACUAUAUGUUCAAAUACAGCAUUAUUCUGGGCUGGUGCGUUGGCUGCGGCGUGGUGUACAUCGAGCUGAUGGACACCCAAGCUGUAUGCCCCUCCUGCAUCUUUUUGCCAGCCACAGUGGCCAUAAUACAGUGCAUUCUGACCUUCAUAGCGUGGUACAAGAAGUAUUGCUGGACCAGGUAUGGCCAACACAGCGUGCCCCAUCAAUACAACCGAUUUAGUUGCUUCAUAUUUCACGUCCAUGAGAAGAUCCUCAGCAGUUUGCCCAUCCGCAUCUGCAUAUACCUCUUCUUAGUGUUAUCGAGCUUUUUUGUUAUAUGCGUAAUUGUGAUGAGCUGCAAACGGGAUGAAUUCGAGAUGGCUUAUAUCGAGGAAAGACUCUUUCACUAUGAGCAGGAGGCCAAGAUAUGCUUUCAUCCCUGGGUGACGACCAAUAUGAUAUCGCUGAUGAUUUGCUUGACCUUUACAUUCACCCACAUACCCAUCAUGGUCAAGACAGUAGUGGCCACUUUGGAGACGGCCGGCUAUCUGAUGCUGAUUUUCUUCCAGUUUGACUUCGUCUUCCAUCACAGCAUCACGACAAACCCCUCUUUCAAAUCCGAGUACGCCCAUGCCCUGCUAGUUUGCAUCACCUUCCUAACAAUGUUUGUGAAGGAGCGCCAAAUAGAGUUCACCAACAAAGUAAACUUCAACUGGCGUGUUGAGCUGCGAAAAAAGGAGAAUGACGCCAGCCUUACAAAUCAUUCGAUCAUAAUUAUCCUCAACAACAUACUGCCAUCCCAUAUUGUCGACGUGUAUCUCAAUUCUUUGGCCAAACACGAACUCUACUACGAAAACUAUGAAAUGGUCUCUGUCAUGUUUGCCAUGCUGAUUAACUUUGAAAUGGAUCUGCGCAGCUUAAGGGUGCUCAACGAAAUUAUUGCCGACUUUGAUACUUUGUUGCUCUUCUACAAGGAGUACUACACGGUUGAGAAAAUCAAAAUCGUCGGAUGCACGUACAUGGCGGCGUGUGGACUCGAUCUUAACUUCGCCGGCUCCACAAGUACAAAUCGCAAAACGAGCAUGCCUUCAACUGAUGACAAUGAUAGACCCAACCGAAGACUUAUGUUCCAAGAGAAAGGUGAGGACAUCGAGGAGGUGGUCUUUGUGAUGGCCUCGUAUGCGCUGGACAUGAUGCGAACCCUGGCCAAUAGCAAUGAGGUGUACCAGAGUAUUGCUGGUGAUCGGAAUAUUACGGACGGAACCAUCGCCAUCGGCAUCUCCAGCGGCGAGGUGAUGGCCGGCAUUGUGGGUGCAUCGCAGCCGCACUACGACAUCUGGGGCAAUCCGGUUAACAUGGCCUCGCGAAUGGAGUCAACGGGGCUGCCGGGACACAUCCAGGUGACGGAGGAGACAGCCAGGAUUCUGCAAGACUUCGGCAUUUCCUGUUCAUAUCGCGGCCAGACUUUUGUAAAGGGGCGUGGCAAAAUUCCUACCUAUUUGGUGGGCAUUGAUGAGAACCUCAACUUCAUUUCAAAGGAGGCCACACGAUUUCCCAGUCACCAGGAGCGCAGCACGGUUAUAUCGUUGCAGUCCACCUACUCCCAUCCUGAAGUGGGUAAUAACAGUAUGGGCAGUCUGUCUAGACACACUUUGCAAGGCAUUUAA